AUGGGCAAUACUGGUAGAUCAAGUACAGGUUGUGCGCGCUGCAAGAAGCGAAAGAUCAAGGCAAGAAGUUCCACGUCGAAUAUCCUGCGCAAGCCGUGCCCUGGAUAUCCAUACCAAGUCCAUCUGCGAGUUCGGACACCACCAAAGGGCGAACCCUCGGAUUCAAGCCCAAGAGAUCAGAGACCCGGUCCCUCCAUAUUCCCGAUUCGCCCUGCCAUUGCUGGAGAGAACCUCUUGACUUCAUUGACUCCUGCUGCCAACAAAUUUGCACCCGAUAAAGUCAAGAUCGAGGAUGAUGCAGGUGAAUUGGCCCUGCGGGAAUUACCAACGACUCGACGCUCCAUCUCUCCCCCUUUGCGCUACGACAUUCAACACCAGUCGCUAUGCUUUUUCCUCAAUCUGUUCUGCUUCCAAGCAGGUCGGCUUUAUUCGUUCCCCGUCCUCGACUUUUUGCCGGGAAUGCUUCAGAAUGCUGAUCCUCGCUCGUGCAUCCAUAAGGCCGCAAUGGCAGUAUCUCGAAUGACUCUGGCCGACAGAUACAGUGGAAAGGAUGUCAGGCUACAGACUGGUCGAGAGUACGGCCAUGCGCUAAGUUUGACCAACGCGACCAUCCGUGACACAGCUGCGAGCAUUCAAGAUGAAACUGUCCUUGCCGUCUGGCUCCUUGGACUCUACGAGAUGGUCAGCGUUGUGCUAAUGCACGGUCGGACCACCCCCGAAUCGCGAUCGUUGGAGCAAGAGUGGCAGUCUCAUCUAUUGCACGUCAGGGGAGCCAUGAACUUGUUGCGUCUACGAGGAAUGUCGCAGUUUACGACGCCACGCGGGGAGAAAAUCUUCCGAAUUUUCAAAGCCGCCAUUCAAAUGCGACUCUUCAUAUUGAACUCGGUUACCUCUAAGGAUUUCGACAACCUCGAAAUCGACGUCUACCAAGAUGAGCAUGAGUUUGUGCCGUCUCAAACCGCAAACAAGGCCACUUCAUACUUCCACCGUGUUGCUCGACUUCUGGAGAAAAUCAAGCAUUUUCUGGGUCGAAGCCCUGGUCAGCUUGCCCUUAACAACACGACGGCUGAUGUUUAUUUGAAAUACGGCGAAACCUUGGAUGAAAGCAUGGCUGGCUGGAGCAAAGACGAGCCAGGCUGGGAUAUGAUGAGCGUACGUGCCACGACAGCCGGUACUAUGUGGGCUCUCUACCCGACCCACGCUCUCUACCAUUUCUACAGCUUCUGGGUUUUCUUAUAUUGGCUGCGAUUCCUGGCUGCGCGGUACAAGCUGUAUGAGGCUCUGAUCGAACUUCUGAAGCUCCGCAUUAACGCCGAUCCAAACGACACCCAACAGUCCUCAACCACCGUUAAUCUUCAGAUUUCCAAAUAUCGGGCGGCUAUGCGAAUGACUGCAUCGGAACUCAUCGGUCUGACAGCAUACGCACUGGGCGAUGUAACUCCUACUGGGGACUUCCAUUCAUCUGUAUCUGGCCACCAUCCCCAAAGGGGUUUCCAGGAGAUCAAUGUUGUUGCGGCUAUGCAGCUGGUGCUGCCCCUGAAGAUGUUGCAGCGAUCAGAGCAUCUCACGGCCACCCAACAGGGAGCGGUUGACCUUGCUAUCUCUCACAUUGGCGAUGGCUUCCGGCGGCAACCGUUGAUGUUAGUUUGA